ACAGGAGAGGACGGCCAGGAACGAGCUGUAGGUGGGGAAAACGUUUUUCUUUCCACUGACAUCGUUUCUCCCUCAUACUCGUGCGGCUGCAAGUAAGCGUAGCACUCGCGCACUAGGUGGAUGUGACAGGCCGUUUGAAUGUACCCACACAGGGGAGAUCGGUGUACCGCUCGAUUAUUCUCACAACUCAGCGAUUCGUGCGCCUUGCACGCUAAAAAUAACUUUGUUUCUUUUUAUUUAUUAUUUUUAGCUCUAACGCAAACACGAACAUCGGUAAAUUGUCCAUACUUAGCCGGGGUAGGUAGUCGCGAUCGUGAGGUAAUUCACUUUUGCCUCCUGGGCUAAAUUAGUUCUUUGAACCAAGGAGGGUCGUGACGGCAGAGGCGGUGUUACGCGGGAAACAGUGUUCCACUGGAGCGCGAGCGCCCAGGGCGCACUGUCCCUGCCUCCCACCGCGACUGAGAGGGUAAUUUGAGAAAAUAAGGCAGCGCGAGGGAGGGCGGGGUGAUGAGUUUGAGGAAAACAAAGAGGGAGCGAGCGAAACCUUUUGCGGGUCCGGAACGCAUGGAUGCGGACGGGAAAGUUGGCGGGUCUGGGAGAAAUCCUUUAAUGAUGGAGGGUGAAGGUGGCCCUUAAUUGCGCCUCGUCUUCUAUGACAGAAGGGCAUUUUCAGAAGGUGAGCAUGGUUGCCAGACAACAGAAGCUAACUGAGCGCGCUUCUGUGGGUGCGAAAUAGCUACGGACAGUUAGCGGAGUUCAAAUGUUCUGAAAAGUUUUUUUUUUAACGCGGAAAGGAAGACUCUACUACAGCGGCAUGGACAGACCACGGACACUGGGCAGUAAAUCAGGACAGACAUUCCUGAUGGACUCGCUGCUGAUCUGCCUCUUCGUAGGCUUGGGCAAGGCAGACUGUGAGGGCUGUGUGGAGUACUGCUGUGAUGGAGCUCCACCUUUCUGCUGCUCCUACUACACCUACGUGGGGGAGGUUCUCUCGGGGACGGCCAUUUCAGGGAUGGUGUUUGGCGUGGUGUUUCUGAUGGGUGCUGUGGCAGCCAUGUUCCUGUGUGUGUGCGUGUGUGUGAGGAACAUGCGGGGCGUAGGCAUGCAGGACCUCAGCACCAUAUCCCAGGGACAUCCAGGACUCCUGCCUCCCUACUGUUACGACCCUGAGAUGGACCCCUAUAAUUCCCGCCCCCCUGCCUACACCCCGACCCCACCCAUAAUUGCCAAUCAUUCCCCACCCCCUCCCUACCCCGGUAACCCCUGCAAGUAGACACACCUUUUCGCUGGGCAGCGCUGGGACAGUAAGGGGAUGGCAUCCUGGCAGAGACUGGCACAGCCUGCCAGAGAGUGGCAUGGACUGGCACAGCCUGGCACAGAUGGAUUUGAUUUGACCUCUGACCUUUUGGGAAAGGAGUUCAUGAGCUUAUUGGGUUGCACAUCCUUUUUCCCCAUGUAAUGGUGAGUCCAUAUUGUGUCCUGUGACCUAUGACCUGUGUCGAGUGUGGGAAAGGUUGCCAUGGCGACCGCAGCUCCUCCAACCCAAGGCCAGCUCCCCGCCAGGUGUGCUGUACCUGUGGGACAUGUGUGGACUUAGCGUGUCCUGGCUGGACAUCAGCGAAACCCCUGUAAACUCUGAGUCAGCCGUGGUGCAGGGCGGCGAACACCAGCUCAGCCAAGCUUCAGUGAUCUUUCCUACAGAUCGCUAGACUCCCGUCUGCUGGAUUUACACUGUACAUCAACACUCAGAGAGAAACCCGCUGACCGUGAGGCUCUUUCAAACCACAGCUUCGUUUUAGGAAAUUAAACAGUUUUCUGGAUUAUCCUGGAGUCUGGCUAAAUGCAGAAAGGACCCUCCCCUCUUUCCUGGCUGCCCCCCUGGCAGCUGCUGCACAGGUUGAAUUGUGGACCGUGUGAGUGCUGAACUGUGAUGCUGAGAGCGAGCGCUUCACUGUCUUCAGGAGAAUCCAUUUCCUUCUGCUCAGAGCUCAGAGACCUUCAGGAAAUGGCCAUCCCUCAGAGUGGGCAGUGGCCAGUGUGUGUUCUGUGUGCAAUAAAAUGUCAUCUGUCCCGAAAAAUUCAGCAGUGGUGUCUUCUCAUCGCGUGCGUAGGUAGAGGGGUAAACAGUGAAUGAGUGCACCUGUGUGCCUGAUGUGUGUAAAGUGACAUGUUUGACUGUUGUUCACCAGGC